AAUGACAGUAUGUUGUGGCCCGUCUCUAAGUUUCUUGGCCUGUCACUCUCUAAUCAGGACAGCAAGGGAGUUUGAUUACAAACCCAGCCUAGCUGUUCAACUAUCCCUGCAGCAUCAGGUACCCCAGAAUCAGCUCUGAGAACCAGAUUAUGCAAUGCGGAGUUGCUUUAUCUCUAGGAAUUAGCACUUCCUUCCUCAAAUCUGAGUCAGCGUCACAGACAUACUUACAGUAGGGAACCUGCCAGUAUCUGAAACACUGCAGGAAACUGUGGCCCAAUUAGCGCCUGGCCAAAACUUAACACCCCCACCACAGAAAUGAGCAAGCUCCUCAGGCAACCAGAUCCUAAACCACCAAGAACUUUGAAUGACUCGUCCCUUCCUUCCCUCACAUGCUCAGAGUCACACAUCAACAAGACUUCUUCCUCCCAGUGCAUCACCCUUCUUUCCCUCAAAGCCUUAAAAUAGAUCCAUUGCUCUUUCUGAGUAGUCCCAAGUUAUUUCCUUUCAGGUCCCACCAUUCUGUUUGAUGUUAAAUCUUGUGUCUCUGUCACUAACCUGACAGAAAGGAGUAUUUUCUAAGGAGAUGCUCUAGCUUUAACGGUAUUAAAACAGUGAACCCCAGCUAGGCAAUGGUGACACAGGUCUUUAAUCUCAGCACUCAGGAGGCGGGGCAGGUGAAUCUCUGAGUUUAAGGCCAGCCUGUUGUCAGAAAAGCAAAACAGCAAUAACAACAAGAGAAAACAGAAACCCAAGAAAUUGAGAUUUCUCCAGGAAUCUCAUGUUGGGAGAAGAAAAGCCUAGACAAGUCAGAGCUGGAGCUCUUCUCUCCAAAAAUGCUUCCCUCCUCCAAAAUAGAGAUUGGAAACCUCAUAGAAAUGAUGACAUUUGAAUAAUGGAUGGGAUCAUGCCUUGUCCUGGACUGCUUAAUGUGUCUAGGUCCCCUAAACUUCCUUCUCAGUUUAGUAAUCCCAAGAUGUACUGAUGGGGAUCACUGAAUCUUCUUGCUCCUCUUCCCAAUGUAACCAUAUCGACCAAUGUAACCAUAGUUCUUUUUACUAUUAAUUUGUAUGCUUUAACUGUCUCCACAAGAUUGGAUGGUUGAAUCUGACUUCAGAUAGACUGUGAUCUCAGGUUUGGUGACAGCCACCAGGAGCAAUCUGACUCAGUGUCCCUCUUGAAUCUGACCCUCGUGUGUAUCUGAGGGCCAGGCUGAAUUGUCUAACACCUGCUGCCUCUCAAGACUGGCUAUUUGGAGCCAGGUGAUAUUGAGCUUCUAGAAGACAUCAAAAGUCAUUGUUGAAGUAUAGGACUUUUGCCAGUAUGCUUGGCCUCUGUCUAUAAAUUACACUUUAUGUCUUCAAUAGUUGCGUUCCUUCACAUAUAUGUUUUCUAUGUUACUGACUGAAUAUGGGUAGGUAGAGAAAUCUGCGUCAUUUCAAAUUCCUCUAGUGUGAUGAUAUCAGUUUCUCUUAUUCCAACAAGACCUGGUCUUUCUUUUGUCUUCUAUGAAGGAUUGAGUUGUUUCCAUAGAGGCUGGAAUUCCCUGAACACAUCUGUAACCUCGUUGGAAGCAGAGGAAACAAGAAUUUCCUGCUGAGCAAGUGCCCAGUCAGGAAAGCCAGGACAGGCUCUGCUUAUGCCCUUUUCCCCUAGUGGAGCCUUUGUGGAUCUAGCCGGGUAAACUGGGCUGUCGGAGCAGGCUUGUGCCUAGAAUUCCUGACUGGAAUCUCACUCGGGUUACAGUCCAUCCUUGAAGGAAUUUGGAGGAGAGACUCAAGCAAGAACUUGAAGCGGAAAUCAUGGAGGAGACAGUGACCUUUGAGGAUGUGGCUGUGCACUUCACCAUGGAGGAGUGGGCUAUGCUGGAUCUAUCCCAAAAGGAGCUCUACAAAGACGUGAUGAAAGAAAUAUUGAGAAACAUGGUCUCUAUAGGAAACAUAAGGAAACACCAAAAGAUUGAAAAUUCUGGCGUAAAGCUAAGAUGUCAACUGGUGGAGAAACUUCAUGAGUGUAAGCAAGAUCAUGAGUGUGCAGAAAUCGUCAGCUUCUCUACAGAGGGCACGGUGAACCAUAAAUUUUAUCCAGGAGUACAUAUAUGUAAAAGAAAUGGGUUUGUAAAUGUAGUCAUUGGCUAUUUAGCUCUAAGUGUGCAGCUAAAACCUAGGCCAGGGCAGAAAACAAAUGAAGUUCAGGAACAUGGAAAGGAGCUGAAUAGUAAUAAAGAAUCAGAGGACACCUCCAGCUCUCCCCCAACUUUUCAGAAGCAUAAAAGUGCUGACACGGAAGAGAAAUCUAAUAAAAAUAAGCAGUCUAAUGAAGACGUAAGAAUCGGUCAGACUCAUGAAAGAACCCCUGCUGAAGAAAAGCACCACAAAUGUAAGCAGUGUGGGAAAACUUUUACUUCUCUCAGGUCCUUAAAGGGUCAUGAACAACAUUACCAUGCAAAGAAAUCCUUUGCAUGUAAGCAGUGUGGGAAAGCCUUCCCUUUUCCCAGUUCCCUACAAGUCCAUGAAAGAAUCCACACUGGCGAGAGGCCCUACACGUGUAAGCAGUGUGGGAAAACCUUUGCUUAUUCCAGUUCUCUUCUAAGACAUGAAAAGACCCACACAGGCUCGAGUCCCCAUCAGUGUCAACUGUGUGGGAAAACCUUUACUCGUUUCAAUUCUCUUUUAAGGCAUAAAAUAAUCCACACCGGUGAGAAGCCCUACGCGUGUAACCAGUGUGAGAAAAGCUUUUCUCGCUCUGCUUCCCUUCAAAGACAUACGAGAAUCCACACCGGAGAGAAACCCUAUGUAUGUAAGCAAUGUGGGAAAGCCUUCAUUACUUCUACUCAUCUUCAAAUACACGAACGAACUCACACUGGGGAAAAACCCUAUGUAUGUAAGGAAUGUGGGGAUGCCUUCAUGCUUUGGAAUCAGUUUCGAAAGCACAAAGUAACCCACAGUGGUGUGAAUCCCCAUGUUUGUAAGCAGUGUGGGAAAACGUUCACUCGUCUCAGUUCCCUACAAAUCCAUGCAAGAAUUCACACUGGCGAGAAGCCCUAUGUGUGCAAGCAGUGCACAAAAGCCUUCAUGUCUCUGUAUCAAUUACGGAGGCAUGAAGUCAGUCAUACUGGUGUCAAACCCUAUGUGUGCAAACAGUGCGGGAAGGGGUUCUUUUGUUCUACUACUUUUCGAAGUCAUGAGAAGAUACACAGCGGCGAUAACCCACAUGUGUGCUCACAGUGUGAGAAAGUCCUGAGUUCCGAGAGUGCUUUGCGGAAACAUAAAAUGAUUCACACUGGGGAGAAACCUCGUGUGUGUAAGCAGUGUGGGAAAACCUUCACCCACUUAAGUUCUCUUCAGUACCACGCGUUGAUGCACAGUGGUGAGAAACCCCAUGAGUGUAAGAGGUGUGGGAAAGGCUUUAGGUCUCUUAGUCACCUUAAAAAGCAUGAAAGAACACAACACUGAGGAGAGACCAUCCUCAUGUAAAUGAUAUGGGAAAUCCGUUCCUUAAUAUCUCUUAUGAAGACAGUCAUUCUCCGUGGUUUACAUCCCUAGCUUUGAAAGCAAUGCUUACACUUUUUGAAUCUCUGUCAUGUCUUUCCCGUGAUGACAGAGAUUCGACUGCAGAGGAACCUUGUGCACAGUUUCAGUGUAGAAAGUCUCCCCUUCUUCCCUGGUUCCUCCAAAUAUGUGUGAGUCAACCAGAGGGGAGCAGAGUGACGACUCAGCAGCUAAGAGUGCUGGCUGCUCUUCCAGAGGACCUAGGUUUGAUUCCCAGCAGCCACAUGGAAGCCUACAACCGUGUCUAAUUUCAGUUACAAGGGAUCCAGUGUCCUCUUCUGACUUCAGUGGCCUCUGCAUGCUCGUGGUACACAGACAUCCAUGCAGGCAGAUUACCUAUACCCAUAGUAAUUUUUUAAAAAUCCACACUGGAGAGAAACUCUUUGUAUGUAGGUAAUAUUAGAAAGUCUCCCAGUGCUACUGUUCCUUUUACAGAAAUGAAAGAUCCUACCACGGAAUAACCUUAAAUACAGAUUUUUUUU